AUGGCAUCGCAUACGGCCCAGGAAAAAGAGAUCGAGGCUAUUCAGCUUUCCCUGCCGGUGCACUCUGAGACAUCAUCGCAGUUCGAUGACGCUUAUGAAACCUACAAGAAGAACCAGGGUGCUCAGAUAGACGCAGCAGAAGCAAAGAGAGUCUUGCGCAAAAUCGACGUCCGCAUCGUCCCGAUUCUGUUCUUCAUCUACCUUCUCCAGUACCUCGACAAGAAUGGCAUCAAUUACGCCAGCGCUUAUGGAUUGAACGAAGGAACAAAGUUGAAAGGACAGGACUUUUCGUGGCUUGGUUCCAUCUUUUAUUUUGGGUACCUUGUAGGGCAGUACCCGUCUGGUUACUUCUUGCAACGCCUACCAAUCGCUAAGUUCUUAGGAUUCACGACAUUGGGAUGGGGCAUCAUCUUGAUGACCACUCCAUUAUGCCACAACUUCGCCGGCAUCGCUUCCAACCGCUUCCUUCUAGGCCUUCUCGAAUCCGCCGUAAACCCAGGAUUCGUUCUCAUCAUGAGCAUGUGGUACACCAGCGCAGAGCAACCCCUGCGACUGGAAGCCUACUACUGCACCAAUGGGAUCGCAACCAUGUUCGGAGGCCUAAUUGGUUACGCUGUAGGCCACAUUAAAUCAGGUCUUCCAAGGUGGAUGUACGUGUUCUUAAUCUUUGGCUCAUGCAGCAUAAUCAUGGGCAUCGUCACGCUGCUCUACCUCCCCGAUCUACCAAGCACCGCGAAAUUCCUGAAAGAACCCGAACGCGUCAUCGCCGUUGAGCGCGUUGCAGGAAACCGCCAAGGCGUAAAGAACAGACAUUUCAAGAAGUAUCAGGCGUGGCAGACGCUGUAUGAUCCCAAGACAUGGAUCCUUUUCGUUAUGGCGACCGGGGCACAGAUCCCGAAUUCAGCCCUCACGAGCUUCAGCUCCCUCAUCAUUAAAUCCUUCGGCGUCGACACCCUCGGCACGCAAUACCUCCAAAUCCCCGGCGGAGCAGUGCAAUUCCUCUCCCUCAUUACCGGCGGCUACAUCUGCACGCGCUUCCCCAACACACGCUGCAUAAUCAUGACAGUCGCUAACCUAAUCUGCAUCAUCGGGGCAUCAAUGCUCGUCGCGCUCCCAUCAUCGAGCAAAUGGGGCCGCCUCGUAGGCCUCUGGCUGUGCUAUUUCCAGGGUCUGGGGUUUAGCAUGAGUCUGACGAUUGUGAGCUCGAAUGUUGCGGGGUAUACGAAGAAACAGUUGACCGGUGCCGCGCUGUUCACUGGAUACUGUGUUGGGAACAUUAUUGGGCCGCAAACGUUCAAGGAUAGUGAGAAGCCGGGGUACCACAGUGCUUAUGUAGCCAUGUUGAUUGGGUAUUCAAUUAAGCUGCUCGCAGUAUUGGUGCUGUAUGCAUAUAUGUGGAGUGUCAAUAAGAAGAGGGACAGGGAGUCGGCGUCCGGGAUCCAUCUGACCGACGAAGAAGAGAAGGCUGCCGUCGAAGCAGGAAUGCUGGACGUGACCGAGCUUGACAACAAAGGGUUUAGGUACAUUUUGUAA